AACCCGUGAAGUUCUGACGACGCUGCGUGUCAUGUGCACGGCAUCUUACGCACGACGUUGGGAGUUCCCCUUUCCUCCAACGUGAAAACGCCCCUCUUCUGUCCUUCCAGCUCUCCUCCUGAUUGUUAGCCAUCGCUGCCGGCUUGUGCCUGUCUGCUGUCCCAGCCUGCAGCGCUGCAUCUCCCCGCGGCAGAGAGAGAGGCAGACACAGAUAGAGAGAGAGGGAGAGAGGAAGGCGCUCUCCGGGGCGGUGGCGGCGGUGUCCUGCAACCUCAAUGACCAGAACCUUGACAUCCGAAGCUGACAGGGCAGUUUGCAGGGCUGUAAUCCAUUUCUAUGACAACAGAGGCGAUUCUGGCAGGGGAAAUGAAGACGGCAAUGGAGGGUGACGCCAGGAGGACCAAUCAGGUUCCUGAGGACCAGGGCGAACUGGAUGACAGCUCAGAGAAAACCCCCAGCAAAGCCUCCAGGUCACCCCAGAAAACAACCAAACGGCUCAAGACCGUCCCUGUCAAAGUAACUCUCCUUGACGGCUCGGAGUAUGACACUGCAGUUGAGAAAUUUGCCAAGGGCCAGACCCUGCUGGACAUGGUGUGUGGCCAUCUGAACCUGCUGGAGAGAGACUACUUUGGCCUGACUUUCAUUGACUCUGAUAGUUCGAAGAACUGGCUGGAUCCAUCCAAAGAGAUCAAGAAGCAAAUUCGGAUUGGUUCGUGGACUUUUGGGUUUGCCGUCAAGUUUUAUCCUCCAGACCCAUCUGUUCUGAUCGAAGACAUCACAAGGUACUACCUGUGUCUGCAACUGAGAGACGACAUCCUUUCCGGCCGCCUCCCAUGCUCGUUCGUCACGCACGCGCUGCUGGGCUCCUACACCGUCCAGGCCGAGCUGGGAGACUACGACCCCGAGGAACACGGCCCGGACUACGUCAGCGAAUUCCACUUUGCUCCAAACCAGACGCGAGAGCUGGAGGAGAGAGUGAUGGAGUUGCACCGCAACUACAGGGGGAUGACUCCAGCCGAAGCAGAGAUGAACUUCCUUGAAAAUGCUAAGAAGCUCUCGAUGUACGGAGUGGAUCUGCAUCACGCAAAGGAUUCUGAGGGAAUAGACAUAAUGCUUGGCGUUAGCGCAAACGGGCUGCUCAUCUACAGAGACCGCCUGAGGAUCAAUCGCUUCGCCUGGCCGAAAAUUCUCAAGAUUUCUUAUAAAAGAAGCAACUUCUACAUCAAAAUCCGUCCUGGAGAGUACGAACAGUUUGAGAGCACCAUAGGCUUCAAGUUGCCCAACCACCGGGCCUCGAAGCGGUUGUGGAAGGUCUGCAUAGAACACCACACCUUUUUCAGGUUGGUUUCCCCAGAGCCGCCCCCGAAGGGCUUCCUCGUAAUUGGCUCAAAGUUUCGCUACAGUGGGCGGACCCAAGCGCAGACGAGGCAGGCCAGUGCUCUGAUCGACCGCCCGGCCCCGCAGUUUGAUCGGUCCGUCAGCAAGCGGUACCUGCAGCCACGAAGCAUAGAUGGAGCCUCAGCUUUAGGUGACAGUAUGGAUCAGCUGUCUCAGAGAAGCUCUAGCGAACGCACACAGUUUAUGUCCCGGGAAGACCUGGAUCAGGAGGGCAGCCUUGACCUGGACCAUGACCACUAUCUCUACCAAGACCAGGACCAGUACACGGACCAGGAAGCGGAGCACCAGGAUGGACAGAAACAGCCAGUGGGAGCCAUCAGCUCGACGCCCACAAAGGCUUUGGAACUCAAGGAUGAGGAGCCAGGCAUUCCUAUAGACACGAAACCAGAGGAUGUGGUGCACCUUCGGCCCAAACAGGAGCAGUUUCUGGAUAAGCCGGAGGACGUCCUGCAGAAACACCAGGCCAGCAUCAACGAGCUGAAGAGAGCUUUGAAGCAACCCAACAGCAAGAAGGCGCCGAGAGAGAAGCGCCUGCCUUCAGCAACUCCUCCUGCAGGAACCCCGGAACGGAAAACGGCAACCAGUGAUGCCAAAUUGAUUGAGAAGCAGGAUGGGUAUGAGACCACACUGGAUUCUUACUUCAAUGCAGAAAAAAGUGAGACCUCAUCAGGGCCAGAGGCAAUUACGAACAAUUGCCAAACAUCCAGGGAAUGUUUAACUACUAAGCUGGGAACAUCUGUAACUGACUCAGCAGGACGGAGAGAUAUGAACAAGAUGGAGGACGCAACUAACGGCCAUCAUGAUUCUGCGUUAGUGAGGAAUAUGCUUCAUGAAAAUGGAUAUGGCUCUCCACCUGACAAGAUGAUGAAUGAAAUGAACAAAGACACAAACAUUUCUCUGUACGAGCGUCGAGCGAAAAACAAACCCUUUGAAUCUCUUGCAACUGUGGAUUCCUUCCCUAAGGGCGACAGACCUAAAAGUGAGAGUGGCAAAAGGCACAGUGAUGCUUGGAAAACGAGAGACCUGAGCCCCGACUCGGGGGAGAAGGAUGGUAACAAAACUGUGAACUCGCAUUCAGAAGUCACCAAAAUAGCUCCGCUCAAACCGCAAAGAUCAAAGAAGUCUUUGAAUAAGGAGAACAAAGUUGUAAAUCCUCAAACUCAAAGCCAGUCUGACAAAAGCGCAUUUGGUGCUGCUGGGAAUGGACAGAUGAAUAAAUUGCCCUGCGAGUCAGGAAGGAGACAUGACGAUGCCACUGUGCUGCAGUCUUUGGAGUCGUAUCGGCAAACCCAAGUUCCCCAUCAGACGACGAGCGAGUUGUUAUCACAGAAGGAGCUGAAGGACUGCAGAGAUUCAGCAGGGACAAGAGGGAGUUCUCUGCAUGAGGACAAUUUUCCAAACAUCUUAGAGUUUAGCUCCAAAUUUCCCACUGCUCCCCCUCGCACCCUCCCUCUGAAAACGCACUGGUCUCGAGAGAGACCAAACAACAUCGACAGCAGCCACAUCCACCACCGGACCACCAGCCAAGAAACGGCCAAGAGAAAGCAACCGGACACGCCUCCGAGCCCUGCCAUCCACGAGGAGCAUUUCAGCGAAAGUUCAAAGGAACCAUGGGAGAGACGCCUAGGCUCUGUGUCCGAGGAUGACCAGGACCAUGACAUCCUCUACCUGAAGGAAACCCACCUGGGCAUCGAGCGCAAGUGUUCCAGCAUCACUGUUAGCUCGACCUCCAGCCUUGAGGCUGAAGUAGAUUUCACCGUCCUUACAGAUCUGCAAACGGGCAUGGAGGAGUUCUCCAGGGGUAUGUCAGAGUUGGGAGAGAGGGAUCUUUCGCCCGACGGGGGGCUGCGCUUCGGGAUCGACUUGCUCCAGCAGCAAGGAGCCCCCGAACCACCGCCUCCGUUAGUGUCCGCUCCUCUCGCCAGAGGAGCUAGUAGCAGCCCUCCGGCCAGACUUAUUCAGGCUGAAGAGGUCCGACCAGAUGUUCGAACCGAGGUCAGACCAGAGAUCCGACCAGAAGUCAGACAAGAUGUCAAAAGACCCGACGGCCAGCCUGUUGUGCCUAAAAAACCAAAGAGGUCAGUGCCAGUGUCAUCAUCAGUGGACAGAGAUCAGUCGCACAAAGAAGCCAGUCGCCUCCCUACAGUAGCGCCUCUGAGCAGAGAGGCCAGUGAUGUCAUGCCCACCCCAACAGUGAGAAAAACCGACACCAGGACAGAGACUCAGCCCAACGGGUCAGAGCUCACCACCACCAUAGUUGAGUUCACAGAUCAGGAUCACGGGAUCACGUCGCUAAGCGAGGUUUCUUACUCUACGAGACAAAGCGUAUCUCCAGUGCACAGAGGCGGUUUUGGAAGAGAGUCGGCUGGUUCGCCUAUCCUUGUCGCUGAAAACGUUACCUCAGCAACCACUCAUGUCUCAAAGACGGUGAAAGGUGGAUACUCGGAGACGAGGAUUGAAAAGAGGAUUAUAAUCACUGGAGAUGACGACGUGGACCAAGAGCAGGCUCUGGCUAUUGCAAUACAGGAAGCCAAGCAGCAGCAUCCAGACAUGCAGGUGACCAAGGCGGUCGUCAUUAGGGAAACCGAACCGUCUGCUGAGGAGCGACAUGGCACCACAUAGACUCGUUUUUGUGCUGGAGCAAGAGUGCCCCCGUGUGGACCAGAGGUGUCAGUACCUGAGCUGAAGACACCACCCACACCAUCCCUUCUACAUACGACGACUGUCAGCAGGGCUCCGGACAGAGAUCCGCUUGUACAAUGGCGAAACGGACCUUUUAAACUUUUAGAUUUCCAUCGAAGCAUUUCCUCUCAUUCUGAUCCAAGGAGCCGCUCAUAGUCGAGCAGCAAAAAUGUUGUAUGAUUCAUGCCUGCAAAGCCGCCCAAACAAAAUGCCAAAACACGACGAACAAUUAAAAGUCACGAUCCAACCAAAUUCCCCUGCAAAGCCUCUCAGGACCUUAACGUUCAAAACGCUUGGUUGAGUAUUCCUUAAAGGAAGUUAUAGUUUAAGGAUUUCUGUUAAAUGAAUCACUGUGGAAUAAUCUGAGCUCACAUUUCAGAUUUCAUAGAAGGAAAUUUGGGAAUAGCUUAAUGAUCGACAAUUAAUUUAAUAAUGCUAAUGUGUCUGGAACUGAAUUUGUUUAUUUUUUGAUCUAUGAAGUAGCCAAUAACAAAUUCAGAAAAGAAGGUUUGGGAACAAUUGUCACUUCUCCACUUCUGCUUCGACUGAAGGAGAAAACAAAUUCUUCGACUGGACGACGACAAUCGCGCAUUGAUUAAAGGAGAUUGUCGUCUCUGCCUGAUCACUUUAAGUCCCUCUGUCUUUUUCAACCCACUUAUUUUCCACGUGUUUUUAAAACUUGACGUGUGGGUGGCAAGUACGCAGGGAUGCACACAUGCUGCAGGAGCUGCUGUUGCACAGUGUAGCUGUUGGAUUGAUUCAGAACGGUGUGAAGUAAUGACGCUUUAGAUUGAGCCCAAGUUCCUCUCCUCUCCCUGCCUUUAGAUAAGCUUUCACAGUCCAUCUGGAUGUAAAAGCCACUUUGGCUGUUUUGUGUGGUAAAGCUCAUAGAGUAGACUCAAAACACAGCUGCAUCGGUAAAAGUAGUACUUGAGGUAAUGUCUGCAUGAUAUAAUUUCUUGCAUUACUGGAUUGUAAUCAGACUGUAGCAUGGAUGUUGAUGCAGAAGGAGGAAGCAAACUGACUGACGAUAAAGAUUCAGGCUCAAAUAUUCACAAUUCUUCUUGUGAAGGAACGGGGGAAAAUCUGUCCUACUCCAUAACUGAAAACUCAAUGGAAGUGAAUCAUUGUGGUUGAGCCUUUUCAUUUUUAACCCACCUGCAUCUCAUUUUGAUGGUGCUGUACAAGAUAUCUAAACAUAUCAGUUCAUUUUUUAAAUUUAAAUCUUAAGGAACGUCAGAGGUUUUGCAGGCCCGCGUUUUGUUGCACUGUUUUUUUUUGUUUUGUUUUUUUUGUUACUGACUUGCAACAAUACUUUGUUCUUCUUCCAAACCGUUUUUGCUUACAUGGUAUUAUGCAUCUGAACUCUUCUGAUGUGUCAUGUGAAGUUCGCCGUCAUAAGUAGAAUACAGUGUAGGAGAAACAUCUCUGAACCUUUAGCUGUGUGGGAUUUAGUACGUGAAUGUUAGACGAAUGCCACAGACGUGUAAUGUGCCAAUCGAGAUAGCAGUAAAAUUGUACAAAUGCCAGUUUUGUAUUGAGAAAAAAAAAAAAAAAAAAAACUUUUUUAUAAAUGAGCUCCUUUUAAUUGCAGAAGUGCCAGAGAGACAAAUACAUAAACUUGGCAUGACAAGGUUUCCCUUUAAGUAUGCUGUCUUUAAGAUGUGGAAAAAAAAACUAACAAACUGAUUACUGAAUACAAUCUCUGCCUGUUUGCCAAACUCAUAUUUUAAUCAAAUUUAUGCACCAUGGAGGAAAAAAAAAAUACACUCAGCAACUUAAAAAUAAGACAAUGCAACACAUUGUCAUGUGAGGUUUAUGAAUGCACUACUGAUGAUUUUUGCUUUCAAACACUAAACUUUACAAUGUUCACAUGUGUGGUGUAACUCCUGUUGUGUUUCAGAUUUCGGUUCUGCAUUUUUUAAGUGUAAAAUAAAACAAAACAAACAAAAAAAAAACAUGGCAUUGUCUAGCUGGAGGGUUGAAGGAAAGAGAAAUGCAGCCUUUUUUUUAUCCCUUGUGCCGUUCUUUUGGUGCCGUUUGGUGGAUUGUAGAAGACGUGAAGUACGUUAGUGAAUGACUAUGAGUAGGAUGUGCACUAGGGGGCACCAGUUACCUAAAAGUAUCGAGCUUUGCAUCAACACUACGCGAACCCAGCUGAAACACUUCUCACCGUUAACAUUAACAUUCUGAGUAAUCCAAAUCCUGUUCGGAGCAGCCUGUUGGGACGGACUGACGCAGGAUGGGCUGAAAAGACGGCACAUUUGUGGAAGUUUGAUAUCCAGGAAGACGCAGCGUGGGAAAGCCGUGUCCGAUUAACUCUGUGUCUCCGCUCCAUCUCCUCUGCUCUGCUGCUCUCCAUUGCUUGGUGCUGUGUCUUUGCUGUACAUUGUGCUUCAUCCAAAAAACAAAUAAAGACCGAAGGAAAGCUGAA